CGCGUUUGAGUCAGGAAGGCGGUUUGUGAGCACUGAGUUGGGCAGGUGAAGGUGGGGGCGCGGCCGCUUGAGGCCAGUCCCCGCGACCUGGCCGGCCGGUCUGGGGAAGGCAAGUCUAUGGCGUUUCCAAGGUGAAACGCCGACUCCGACUUUCUCCCGAGGCGGACGGGAGCCACCACGCUGCGGCCACCUAUGAACCCGAACCCAUUCCCCCGCAAGAACAUCAUCUAUUCAGAAACUGAGACCCACACUAUUGAGAAACAACGGAAAGAACUGCAACUAUUAAUUGGGGAACUAAGAGAUCGGGACCGAGAGCUCAGUGAGAUGGUUCUGGCACAUCAGAGACAGCUUCUGGCAUGGGAAGAUGAUCGGCAGAAAGUGCUGACUUUGGAAGAGAGAUGCUGCAAAUUGGAGAAUGAACUGCAUAAAAGGAGUGAAAUAAUUAGAACCCUCACCAAGAAGAUCAAAACCCUAGAAUCUCAACAAAAUGACCACCAGGAGGUUCUUCAGACAGCUCAGCAGCAGCUCCAGGAAAUGUCUCAAAAGGCCACCCAGGCUUCUUUCACCUGUGAGGACCUAGAGGGAAAAAACAGAUGUCUCAACAACUCAGUGAUGGAACUUUCAGCACAGAUAGGACAGUUACAAGCCCGAGAACAGGCGCUCUCUACAAUGAUCAAGCUUAAGGACAAAGAUAUUGCUGAGGCAAUCAAUCAUAUUACGGACUGUUCAAAUAAAUUUAAGAUGCUAGAACAUGCCUUGCACGAUGCCAAAAUGGUGGAAUCCUGUAUUAUCAAGGAAAAGCAAGAUUAUAAACAGAAAAUGAAAGUGCUAAAGUUUGAAGUAACUAAACUAAAAGAUGAGCUGAAUGAAAAGACGACUGAAAAUAAUGAGCAGCGAGAAGAGAUCAUCCACCUCAGGCAAGAGAAGAGUCAUCUGCAUGAUGAACUGGUCUUCACUGUCGAGAGAGAAAAGAGAAAAGAACAAUUACUUGAUAUCGCAAAAUCAAAGCAAGAACGAACAGAUACUGAGCUGCAUAAUUUGAGACAGGUAUAUGUCAAACAACAAAGUGACCUGCAGUUUCUUCAUUUCACAGCAGAAAAUUAUAGGGAUGAUUCUAGAAUGGACGAGUCCCGGAUGCACGAAACCAGCAGAGAAUUGAGUUUCUCAGAUCUCGAAAGUAACACCCCCAAAAGCAUCAUUAAGAGAGAGGGAAAUCAGAAGAUAUACGCUAAGGAUCAUGAAAUCGAGGCCUCCCAGGUUCAACACUGGAGGCCAGAAAAGGGUGGUUAUGAUGGAGGCAAAGAAGAAAAGAGAGUUAACCUUGUGUAUGGAGAGGAGACUGGUCCUGGAACUUCAGCCAUUUUUGCCAAAGAUGGGCUAGAAAGACAAAGGCCCCUGCCCUUAAAAGAGAAAGUACAGUUUAAUACAUUGCCCCUGGUUGAAUCCAAAAGGAGAAGUACAUUGGGCAGAAGCAGUAUGAAGUCAGCCAAGAGCAGCGACAGCGAGGCCCUGUCCCGGGAGCACCACUACUACCACCACCACCACUUUGGAGGGCCCGAUCACAAGCAUUGUGAUCUCAACAUCUUUGUGAACCCAGGCAUGUCAAGAGCAAAGCAGCUGGAAAGGCUGGAAAUGGAAGGUCAUGAGCAGAUGGAGGUGGCUGAAACCUCCUAUUCCCAGUUCAAUGAAGGCUCUUUGAGUGACUCAGACAUUUGUGAAUCUAAAUGCUGCCACCCAAGUAACUUCGUCAUCGAAGCCCCAGGCUGGAACUCCAUUUCUGAUGUGGAGUGGAUGAGGAUUUUCAAGCCUUCUAAAGUAGAGAGAAUUGUUCGACCCAAGACUGAUUGCACGUGUUCAAGGAGUGUCUGUGGAAUAAAGUAUCAUCCUCUCAAAAGCACGCCAAUUGCCUUCUGGCAUUCCCACCGAACGGGCACCUCUAAUAUGAAGUACUCAACAAAGAAUGAGGAGAGAUUCACAGAUUGCUCUUCAGAUAAAAGGCAUUCAUCUGGAUUUUUACCGAGCAACAGAGGCCCAGACCCUGGCUUCCAUCACGAUGACUGUUCUCCCACAAGUAAGCUUCAGCGCUUGCUGGCGGAAUCUCGAGAGAUGGUUACUAAUCUGGAACUUAGCACUCUGCUCCCCGUUAGCGCUAGCAAUCCCAACAGUACGGACCUCUCCGAACUGACAGCUCACAAAAUGCCACUGCCAGUGAUUGAAGAAAACACCUCUUGAGUGCAGUUUUCCAGGUGAUCAUGGAAGCAGAUUUCUUGUCUAUUUGGAAGGAAGGAAGCAGACAUCUUUGCAUAAUACUUACUUUGAAAGAAGAGGAUUGUAAUUCUUCAUAAGCAAAAAACAGCUAAUGCCCAAAGGUUCCAGAGGCUAAAAGACCAGUUCUUAACACCUGUAUUUUGAAAUGUCGUCAAGUUAGUAGUUUCCAAAUGUCAAAUACAUAUAUGUACAUGUAUGUAGAUUUACAUAUCUAGAUGCCAGGCCUUAUAUGUAUAUAUUUGUGGAACCAAACUUGGUAUUAUGCUGAGAAAAACAUGGCUCGUGUGUAAAGAUGCCCUCCCGCUAAAUGUUGGAGAAGUCUUGGGAAAGCGUGAACGUCAAAGUGAGAGCCCCACAGAUGGGUGAUAAUUGUGCAGAAUUCUCCUCCCUUUUGAUGAAUUGUCUGAACUAUUUUUUCUUGGUUGUGUAUGCAUUUUCAUUUUUUACUGGUCUGUUACCAGGGUCAGUUUAUAAAUGCCUAAGAAAUGGCAUUCUCUUAUUAUUUUGUUGUUUUGGCUCUGUAUUUUGGGAUGUAAAUAGACAUGAAAUAAUGUGCGAAGUGUUUUUAACUGGAAAGUACUUCCUGAGUAACUGAAAAUUGAUGUCCUUUAGCCCCCACAAAAAAAAAACAACCGAGCUGAGCAGUUCCCCUCCUCUAGUCUGGGUCCCCUUGUAUACCAAAAGCUCACUAGAAGAGCAACUGUUAUGUGUGGUAUUUUAAUUUUUGUACCUCCAAGGAAUGAGAACAGUACCGUAUUUAACUUGCAAAGUCAUUUUAUUUUUUAAAAAUAUGCCAUGUGUAUCUGUCUCAUCAAAGAGAAACAACAGCUGCAUUCAAUGAAAAGAUUUUUGACAAUAAAGAGAUGACCUUUCUGCAGUCUCUUCUUGGUCAUAGUACAGGAGUGGAAUUAGGGAGGCUGGUGGGUAGACCC